GAUGGCGCUGAGGCGAUAUUGACAACUGGACAGCAGACGAAACUCGAGGCCUCCAGCGUUUUAAUUUUUUCAUUUUUCUUCAAGAUGGAGCAUUUUAGCGAGGAGUGAAGGAACGGGGGGCGUGAGGAGGGAGUGUGGCUUAAAGUUACACCUCAUAUAAGCCUCGCAUGACGCCUGUGUGAGGAGAUAAGGACAUGUACGUGUGUACGUCUGUCUGCCUGUCGGAAGGCGUGACAGUGUGGCGGGACAGGUGACUGAUAAUUAGUAAGGCAGCAUGAUGGACGUGACAGGGCUGCGGCAGCGGCUGGAGAGCUACAGCCAGGAACACCUCCUGCAGUUCUGGGACACCCUCGCCGAACCACAGCGCAAGGCCCUCUAUGCCGACCUGUCUGAACUCAACCUGGAGGAGGUGUGUGGGUUUUACAAGCGUACCGUGUCAUCCCUGAACGAGGAGCAGACAAAGCUGGAUGAACGUAUGCAGCCCAUCCCUGCCAACAUGCAUGGUUCAGUCACCCGCACCCCUCUGGAGAAGAUUACCAACUAUGAGGAGGCGGGUCUGCGUGAGGUGAGCGAGGGGCGUGUGGCUGUGCUGCUGCUGGCUGGGGGGCAGGGCACCAGGCUGGGCGUUGACUACCCCAAGGGGAUGUAUGAUGUUAAGCUGCCAUCCGGGAAGACCCUGUACCAGCUGCAGGCCGAGAGAUUGCUGAGACUCCAACGCCUGGCCAAUGACAAGUUCGGCAAGUGCGGUGACAUCCCCUGGUACAUCAUGACUUCGGAGCACACCAAGGAGCCCACCAUGGACUUCUUUGCCCGCAACCACUAUUUUGGCCUGGAGAAGGAGAACUUGGUGGUGUUUGAACAGGGUAUGCUGCCGUGCUUCACCUUCGACGGCAAGAUCAUUCUGGAGGCGCCCAGCAAGAUUGCCCGCGCCCCUGAUGGCAACGGAGGGCUUUACAGGGCUUUAAGGGAGAAGAACGUGCUGGAGGACAUGGAGAGGCGUGGCAUUCAGUACAUUCACGUGUAUUGCGUUGACAACAUUCUAGUCAAGAUGGCGGAUCCUAUCUUCAUCGGGUACUGCCUCUCCAAGGGUGCCGACUGUGGGGCCAAGGUGGUGGAGAAGGCUUUCCCCACGGAGGCUGUUGGUGUGGUGUGCAAAGUGGAUGGUAUUCAUCAGGUAGUGGAGUAUUCGGAGAUCACACUCAAGACAGCACAGAAGAGGAACCCAGAUGGACGCCUCACCUUCUCUGCCGGCAACAUCUGUAACCAUUACUUCACUACGGAAUUCCUCAAAAAAGUCGUGCUCGACUACGAGAUGAGCAUGAUGCACCACGUGGCCAAGAAGAAGAUCCCAACGGUGACUAACGAGGGCAAGACUGUCAAGCCGGAGAAACCCAACGGGAUCAAGAUGGAGAAGUUUGUGUUUGAUGUGUUCCAGUUCUCUAACACACUGGCAGUCUGGGAGGUGAUCCGUGAGGACGAGUUUGCGCCGCUGAAGAACGGUGAUGGCGCAGAGAAAGACACGCCCACCACCUGCCGCCAUGCCCUCUUCUCCCUCCACCAUCGCUACCUCCUCAACGCCGGCGGCACCCUGGUGGACUCCGAGGGCGAGCCGCUGCCCCUCAUUCCCAGGCCAGAGGAGAAGGCUGUAGCAGAGACAGAGAGCCCUGCCGCUGCCCCCAAAUGCCCCACUGAAAACGCAAACACCGAAUUCAAUAACAAUUACGCCCAGAAGGAGCUGCGGUGGGAUGAAUGCCCGGUGGUGGUGGAGAUCUCCCCGCUGGUGUCCUAUGCUGGGGAGGGACUGGACAAGCUGGUCGCCAACAAGAAGUUCACCUGUCCGCUGAGCAUCAACGAACCAGCACAGAAGAUUGAGGUGUAGUGGGUGUGGCAGCUGAGGUGUGGCUGGGGACCUGAAGUGGGUGGAAUAGGAUACCUUACAGCACUGCAGGGCACUUACUAAACGGUUGUAGUGGAUUAAAUUGUACUUAAAUGAUUGUAUGACAUGUUUUAAUGUUUGCAGUGGUUUGAAGUGUACUUAUUUCAUUGUAGGAUACUUAUCACACUUUUUGAAUCCUUGUGGUAAAUGCAAAUGUACUUAUUCAAUCCUAGGACACUUCAGGACACUAGGACACAC